AGUAGACGUCAAUCAAAUAAACGUGAUUGAGAACUUCAACUGCGCUGAUUGUUUAUUUACUAAAUAAAACUAAAUAAAAAUGGCCCAAGGCAAGCUGAAAGUGAAAAGCAAACUGCCAACUGGAACAAAAACAAAGAAGGGCAAAGGGAAACCUGUAACAAAACGUAACAACGCGCCUGUAAAAAGCAAAAAUAUCGCGGUUGAGCGCAACAAGAUGAAGGCUAAAGUGACGAAGAUGGUGAAUGCACAGGCUGAGCAGCAGCUCCGGGCUCUAGCUACCAGCUCAGGAGAACUGUCGGCAGCCCAGCAACACGUAGCUAAAGCACCAAAAGCACCCGCGCCUGCGAAGUGAAACAUAACCUAUAAAUUACACUGAGGACUUGUGCAGCGAAAGUGAGAAAAACGAUGUUUUCCACGUUCUUGUUGUAAAUUUAACAAGUGUAAUCUAUCGUUACCUGUUGCAAACUAUCACUGUUACUUACCUAUUUAAGAUUUUAAGUGUACUAAAACAAGUAAAUGAUUGUUAUUUUUAUAAAUUGUUUGUUAACUACCUAGGCGAUUCCCCACAACAGAUUAUAAUGAACAUAUCCUCUGUAAUUAGUAUAUAAAUAUAUAUUAUUUACCGGACUUGCAACUAUCGUAAAAUAUGAAUUAGUGUUGUAAUUUGUAAAUGUAUUUUAAAACAAAUGCCAAUCAUUUUAUUUACUUAAGUAUUUUGCUAUUUUUUUAUUUUAUAAAACACCCAAAGAUUAUGAAAUCCUAUUUUUAGGAGUGAAUUAUUACCUACACAAUUUGCAUCUAAAACAAGUAAUUUAGUUACUUUUUUUCUCCAAAACUACAUAUAAAACAAACGUACCUAGUAAGAUUAUUUGAUAACAAUUUUAAAUAUAUAUUGUUCAUAUCUAGUAUCACCUAGUACCUACUCAUAUUCCAAAAUAAUACUAUACCUAGAUUUUCAGAACUGCCAGUGCUAGUUCUUGAUACUAAAAUCUUUUUAUAUUAUUAAAUGCUAAGUGCAACUUCUUCAUAGAUUGCAGAUGACUCCAGUGAAUUUCUAAAUAUAAAAGUGUUGUUAAUUUAUGCUACUAUAUACUCUUUUUAUAUUUUAAUAGCCUACUCUUAUGUCUGAUAAAAUUUCAACAAAUUUGUACUACAUUUAUUUGUAAGAAAUUUUAAUAGGGGCCAUCCUUAUCCAGUUACCCUGCAAUGCUUCAUGAAAUGCUAUAGGAUGUGAUUAAAUAGGAUAUACGAUCCAAUGGUCUGAUAUCUAAGGAGCUGCUGACCGUACAUAGUGGAGGAGAAAAAUUAGGAAAACUGACCCUGGUUUCUGAUGCUCCUAGCAGCCAGGAAUGUGCUCAGAUGAGAGAGAGACUCAACAAAUCUAGUGAGACAAGGUCGCGUUUAGUGCCGUUAGUCGCGACAUCUAGACGAUGCAUCUAAUCUACGAUCGUCUACCAGAAACUAGAAAGAUACGAAUUCUUGAAUGAGAUAGUAGCAUAGAUGUGUUUAGAAUUCGUUUUGAUUUGACUCCCCUUGCUUGGCGGAAGAAUGUGUAAAGGAAAGUUGUGUACUUAGAUAUAAUGUGAAUUCUACUGAUAGUAUGAAGAUGUAA